AUUUAUUUAUUGUUAAUAAACGUCAUUGAUGUUGAAUGUUUAUUGAUAAACUCAUAAAAAUGUUUAUCAAUUAACAGAAUAGAUAGAGAAUUAGUGGUUAGAAUAAGAUAAAAAGUUAGUGAAAUACGAAAAUAAGCGAUAAUAUGAGAUUAAAAUAUGAACCCAUUCUCUUGUUGAUUUUAUUUAAUUGAAAGAUGAGUCAUUCUAUUCAACACAAUGUAGUUUAUUACUUGAAAUCGGAUCGUUUGCACAAUAAGCAUUUUUUAUUUGCGUUCUUUGUUUGAAAAUAUAACUGUGAUAUUUUAAUUACCAACUAAAAUUGGCUGUAAAAGAUAAAUUUUAACAUCCUAAUAAAUUCGCUGCAAGUCUUGUUUAAUUAAUAAAUAGUGAGUGAAUAAUAUGGAACCUUUACCAAGUCCACGUUUAAGAGAGUUGAAAAAACCCGUACCUACACCUAGACGAAGUAUUAAAAGCAAUUUGCAACAAAUUUCUGAACAUUCUAAAAGUGAAGAAUCUGCGAAAGAACAUUUGAGCAACGUUUUGAAUAUUCCACCACCAAAAAUCGAAACUAAUAAUAAAUUAGUGUCUACAGAAAGUUUAUGCAGCAGCAAUGAAGAAACUACACACACAAAUACGUUAACGAGGAAAGUAAGUUCAGUAUCAAAACAAUUAGCCGAUGAUAUAAGUCAACUUGUACAAGAUAGAAAAAGAGCAGUGAUUGAGGGAACUAGACAAAGUGUUAGAAGAAUUACUAGAAGAUUCAGUUCAAGUUCUCAGAGUGAAAAUGCUUCAGAAGAAACGGAACCGCCCAUGAAAGGUGACGAAGAUAGUAUCAGUCUAUUUAGUGCUAUAACAUUUAGUUCACCCCUGUUUUCAUCAGAAAAUAUUUAUAAUAAUGCAGAAAGUGAGAGUAGAUCUACUUCAUCUGAAGAAAAUUCAAUCGGAUUGCCACCUCCAAGUCAUCCUCCACCUCCUUUACCAGAUGAAAGCUUAUAUGACGCCCCAUCAUCAAUUUCUUCCAGUGGAAAUUCUGGGAAUUCGUUUCCUUCAAAACGUGAAAAUUAUGAAAGUGUUUUUCCGAUUGUUUGUGAACCAAAUGUUAGUAAUGUCAAUGAUAAUUUUAACUACUUAUUUCGAUCAGACUCUUGGAAAUUUUAUGAUAGUGUUACUUCUAAGGAUGGUAAAACAAAUUGUGUUAAUCCUCUAGAUAAUACUUCAAAAGGAUCAGAUACAAAAAUCAAUAAUGAAGAUCUCAAUUUACAAGUUACUGAAAAGGUGGAAAGAUCGGCGAGUGGAAGGAGUACUGUGUAUGAAAACCAUGAAAUUCAGCUACAAAUUCCACCUACAAGACCUCCACGUCCGUCAAAGAGUGUUAUUUUACAGUUUGAUCCUUUAACAAGGCCGGAAAAUAUUCCUAUAUCAUUGGAUAUAGGUCCAUCUCCAAAUGAUAUUAAAUCCCUGGAAGAAAUGCUACAAGGGGAUCUAUACGGAAACAUAUCAAAUGCACACACUCUCGACGAGUGGAGCAUAUCCAACGAUUCCGAAACUGAUGACGUCAUUAGUCCUCCUACUCCUCCCAUACGUGUAGAUUCAUUACCAGAAGAUGAACAAGAAACCGAAAAAAACAAUCAGAAAUCAAAAACUAACUGGUACACUCAAGAUAACCAAGAAUCGAAACCGACUUUAACAGAACCGAAAAAAUCCAAUUGGUUCAAACAGGUGAAGGGUGUAUUGGAAAAAGCACCUGAAGUAGUUAGAGGUAUCAAAAAUAGAGAUAAUGUUGUAAAUAGAGCAGCCAUAGGUGUUAAUAUGAUCAUACAAAAGAAAGGGAUGCUUUAUAAAGUACAAAACGGACCAGUUGAAGAUUUGUUUGGCGAAUACAGCGGUAGAUGGUGUAUUUUGGAAAAUUCUAGUCUGUUGUGCUAUUCCGAUAAUUCUUGCCAGAAUCUGAAGGAACAUUUUCCGGCUCAAAAUAUUUUGAGUGUUCAAUUGCUGCAGGAUAAGAAGUAUAAUUACAAGUAUGAUAACGAUGAACUCUACUGUUUCGAGUUGAAUACCACUGGGAAAACGAGAGGCGGGCACAUUUAUGGUUCAAGAAAUAGCGCUGAACGGAGAAUUUGGGUUCAAUUCAUCUGCGAAUCGCUCACGUGCAGGUUCUCCACUAAAAUAACAACCAACAUAAAUCGAAUGGGAUGGGCGUAUCUUCGAGAAGGUGUUAGUGGUAAAUGGAUGGGAGCUUGGAUAGUGUUAACACAAAGGGAAUUUUGUUAUGUGGUUGACGGUCAGCCUGUUAAACAUAUGGACUUGAGGAAAGCGAGGUGCAUUGUUUUGCAACCAUAUUCGGAUACUGAUAACAAUCCCAAAACCAACGACAAAGGUCCAAAUAUGUUGAUCGAUUGUCCGAAUAUGGUGUUAUAUUUGAGAAUGUGGACUUCGAGGGAAACUAAGGUUUGGUGCCACAUAGUGAAAUUAGAAGCACAUAACAACGGGGCAAAUAUCGAUCAACACCAACUAACCAAAAAUGAUAUUCCUGUGGUAGUUGAGAAAUGUAUUAACUUCAUUUAUGCGCAUGGUAGUAUGACUGAAGGUAUUUACCGAAGACCUGGACAAGGUUCUCUGGUUUCAGAGCUACUAACAAAAUUCAGAAAAGACGCUUUCGCCGUCCAAUUAACCAGCGAUUUAUGUACAGAACUCGAAGUAGCAACGGCGUUGAAAAGAUUUUUUAGAGAUUUACCGGAACCUCUGUUGGGUAGUAACCAACGUCAGUACUUUUACGAAGUUUCCAAACAUAAAAACAAAGAAGAAAAGAUAAGAAUGUAUAAGGCUGCAUUGGAUCAAUUACCUACGGUGUCUUAUAAUACAACAAGGAAAUUAAUCGGUCACCUACAUUUCAUAAGUUCUCAAAGUUCUAAAAAUUUGAUGACUGUCGAGAACCUCUCCAGCAUAUGGGGUCCUACUUUAAUGCAUUACGAGGAUGUAGACGGUGAAAUAAACGUAAAUCAUGACCAUCAACUCGAUACCGAAGUAGUUAGUCAAUUGAUAAGAUAUUAUCGACACAUAUUUCCCGAAGAUCCUGGGGAUUUGGAAAAAGAAAAGAUGAUGUUGAGGGUGCUCGAGAAAUAUUCUAAAUCACAACAAAGUAAAGUUGCAAAUAAAUCGGCAGGUGAUUUAAGAAUAUGGGUAUAUCUUCAUAAUAAGGAAGGUCAAUCUUAUAACGUUUCGGUGGGCCCAAAUAAAACUGCUUAUGAUAUUUGUAAAGAAUUAAGCUCUAAUAUCAAAUUUGCUGUUCACGAACUGGUUUUGGAAGAGAUCAUUUUGAACGAUAAACUAAUAAGGCCGAUACAUUACCAAGAAAAGGUUCUCAAUGUCGUCUUGAAAUGGGGAUACUGGGAUGAACAAGACAGGAAAGAUAAUUAUUUAACACUGGCGCCUUUAUCCAAAUAUUGGGAAUAUAUUUUGGAUAAACCAUAUCCUGUAUCAGGAGAAAUGAGAUUCGCGGAUAGCAAAACGAGACUGUUUAAAUUAUUCACUUUCCAAUUUUCUCAAGGAAAAUUGACUUGUUUCAAAGAUAAAUCGGGAGAAGUUACUUUAAAUUGUUGGAAUAUCGAAGAUAUAGUUUGGUAUUUGGGUCACGAAUCAAAACGUAGUACACAAUCGAGAUGGACAAUCACUUUCAUCGAUGCCAAUUCGCAUCCCAUCAGAUCGAAAAAUUCUCCUUAUUUUGGAUCAGUAUUAGUUUGGAACGAUGCCGCUACAAGAGCUAAUUGGUUGAGCGCCAUGUUGAAAGCCAGAUAUCCCAAUAACCUAACGCCGCCUCCAAAUUUGGUGUCUAUCGAGUAAAAUAACGAUUUUUAAUUCUAAUAGUGUUAGAAAAGAAUGUUUUUUAAAUGGUGUACAAAAAUGGUCAUCAUGUAACGAAAAUUUUCGAAUUUAUAUCGAAAACCAACAAAUUUUUCAAAUUAUCAUCCCCAAUUUUCAAUACUACCUCUAAAUUACCUCCAUGCUUCCAUUUUCAUUGUAAUAGAUGUCAUUUAUCGUCCCGUGGUUGUUUCAACUGCGUUCUCUUUCCACUUUUUCUAGUAAUACCAUUAGUAGACAAAAAUCGAGAGGUAUAUGGUCUAGAGAGUGUAAAGACCAUGAUCUGGAGUUAGUUCUGUCUUUCCAAGCGUUUGUUAAACUUUUAUCCAAAAGUUUAUCUUGAUCUUGAUGGAAAUGUGCGCAAAAUCUUACAUAAAAAUUGAAAACUACUGUUAGUUUGAAGUCAAAAGGUGUAUGAAUUCUGGAAAGCGUGGUGACCAUGAUGUGGAACCAGUUCUGCUUCACCAACUGUUGGAAAACAAUUAUACACAUUUAGAUUGAGAUCUAGACAUGAAUGUGCAGGAAUUCUUUUAUUAAAAUAGGAAACUACUGUAAGAUCGAAGUUGAAAGAUAUAUAAGGUUUGGAGAGCUUGGAGACCAAGUUUCUGAACCAGUUUCGACUCUCCACGUGUUUGUAAAAUUGUUCCAAUGAUGAAUUCUAUCAUGACGAAAAUUUAGUGGAAUAAUUUUAGAUUGAAGUUGAAAUGUCUGUAAAACCUGGAAAACGUACAAAUUAAGCUUUUGACCAGUUCUCUCCAGGUGUUUGGAAAAUAGUUGAACAUGUAUUAGCCCCCAUCUUGCCAAAAUUGUUCAGGAAAUCAUUCAUAAAACUAUUCAACUAUUCCUGUAUAGAAGCUUCCAAGCGGUAACAAUCAUCUUAACGAAAAUGCGCAAGAUAUCUUCCAUUAAAAGUGGAAAAACUGCUAGAUAAAUUGGAGAGUUGUAAAGUCUGGAAAGCGCGAAAACCAUGCUUUUUAACCGGAAAUCUGCCAUACAUCGGUUGUCCGAUCCCAAUAUAAUGGUCGAUUAAUAUGUAGAAAACUAUUUGGGUCUAUAAUGGGGUCCAAUAAUUGUUUUCAGAAAACAUUAAUCCAUUUUUUUUGUUAUCAAAUAAAUUUGAGUUAUGAAUAAAAAAUCUGAUAUUUUUGUUAAUAACUCAAUUUUUAUGACUAAUAUGUAUGAAUUUAUUUAAAAAAAUAAUUUGGUGACCUUUGGACUUGGAUAAAUGGAUUUAAAAAUAUUCCAAACGUCCACCAUUUUUCGUUUAUCACCCAUCCUAAAAUAUUAUUUUUUAGAGGGUAAACAUUUUAACUGAUUCGAAUUUGAAUAUAAAUACUUCCUCUAUGAUGUGCCUUCAAAACAUUUAUUUUUUUUCUAUUAAGAAAAUGUAUUUUACUCCAAUAUUUUAUUAUCAAUCAUAUUUAUAUACAAAGUAAUUUUGAAAUAUUAAAUUUUAUAUGUUAGAUCCACAGAUUUUUUAAAUAAUUGUUAUUGUAAUGAAAUAAAUAUUGAAUUAUC